ACCUGUGAGGGUGAGGCAGAGAGGGUGGCACUGGCCAAGCAGGGAAGACCCACACCAGUGACUGAUAGGGCAGACAGCUGAUUCCAGAGUCUUGGAGACAGACAACAGAAAACAUAGGGGCCUGGAAUCCAGAAGAAAGCACAGGAGUUGCCCAUUCUAUGCUGAGAGUUGUCUCAGAAGAUGGAAUCACCUUCAGCACAUGUGGUCUCCCUGACAGAGGAUGAGGAGCUACAGCCCUGCAGAGGCCCUGUGUGCCAGCACCCAGGAAAGCUGGGGUCAACAGAGUAUGCCCAGCCUGAGGUUGUGGAGAAAGUGCGGCCAAAGUGGGGCAACCCCCUGCAGUUCUUACUUGUCUGUGUCUCCUAUGCUGUGGGCCUGGGCAAUGUCUGGCGCUUCCCCUACUUGUGCCAGAUGUACGGUGGAGGGAGUUUCCUGGUCCCCUAUGUCAUCAUGCUCAUUGUAGAGGGGAUGCCACUCUUGUACCUGGAGCUGGCUGUGGGACAACGCAUGCGGCAGGGCAGCAUCGGUGCCUGGAGGACCAUCAGCCCCUACCUCAGUGGUGUCGGCAUUGCUAGCUUGGUGGUUUCCUUCUUGAUCUCUGUGUACUACAAUGUCAUCAACACCUGGGCUAUCUGGUACCUCUUCCACUCCUUCCAGGAUCCCCUGCCGUGGUCUAUUUGCCCACUGAAUGGUAACCGCACAGGCUAUGAUGAGGAGUGUGAAAAGGCUUCAUCAACACAGUACUUCUGGUACAGGAAAACACUCAACAUUUCACCAUCCAUCCAGGAGAAUGGAGGAGUGCAGUGGGAGCCAGCACUGUGCCUCACCCUGGCCUGGCUGAUUGUCUAUCUGUGCAUCCUGAGAGGCACCGAAUCAACCGGCAAGGUGGUCUACUUCACCGCAUCAAUGCCCUGCUUUGUGCUCAUCAUCUACCUGGUUCGGGGCCUCACACUCCAUGGAGCCAACAAUGGCCUGGUGUACAUGUUCACACCUAAGAUUGAGCAGCUAGCCAACCCCAAGGCCUGGAUCAAUGCAGCCACGCAGAUCUUCUUCUCACUGGGCUUAGGGUGUGGUGGCCUGAUUGCCUUUGCCAGCUACAAUGAACCCUCCAACAACUGCCAGAAGCAUGCCAUCAUUGUGUCCAUCAUCAAUAGUACUACUGCCAUAUUCUCCAGUAUUGUGACAUUCUCCAUCUAUGGCUUCAAGGCUACCUUCAACUAUGAAAACUGCUUAAACAAGGUGAUUCUGCUGCUGACCAAUUCUUUUGACCUUGAAGAUGGCUUUCUGACAGCCAGCAACCUGGAGGAGAUGAAGGACUACCUGGCAUCUACCUACCCAAGCAAAUACAGUGAAGUGUUCCCACACAUUAGAAACUGCAGCUUGGAAUCAGAGCUGGACAUGGCUGUCCAGGGCACAGGCCUGGCCUUUAUUGUCUAUACUGAGGCCAUUAAAAACAUGGACGUGUCCCAGCUGUGGUCAGUGCUCUACUUCUUCAUGCUGCUGACAAUGGGUAUGGGAAGCAUGGUAGGGACAGGAACGGCCAUCCUCACCGCUCUGACUGACAGCAAGGUCAUCUCCAGCUACCUGCCCAAGGAGGCCAUUUCAGGUCUGGUGUGCCUCAUCAACUGUGCCAUUGGUAUGGUGUUCACCAUGGAGGCUGGGACCUAUUGGUUUGACAUAUUCAAUGACUAUGCAGCCACGCUGUCCCUGCUGUUCAUUGUGCUGGUAGAGACCAUAGCUGUAUGCUAUGUGUAUGGGCUAAAGAGAUUUGAAAGUGACCUUCAGGCUAUGACUGGCCGCACCCUCAGCUGGUACUGGAAGGCCAUGUGGGCAUUUGUGAGUCCACUGCUCAUCAUCAGCCUCUUUGCCUUCUACCUGAGUGACUAUAUCCUCACAGGAACGCUACAGUACCAAGCCUGGGAUGCCACUCAGGGCCACAUGGUGACCAAGGAUUACCCUACAUAUGCACUAGCUGUCAUUGGGCUUCUGGUAGCCUCCUCUACCGUGUGCAUCCCUCUGGUAGCCCUGGGAACUUUUGUCACACGCCACUUCAAGAGCAGAGCAAACUUUCCUAUGGCCUGAAAAGUGGACCUCAUAGACCCAUUGUUAGUCACUCAGUUUCAUAGCUACUCAUAUAGUAGACAUUCUCCAGUUACUUUUUAAAGCCAGAAGUACUUUCUGCUUUCUGAAUCUGCAAAGAAAAUUUAAUUCUCUGUAUCAUAGGCUAUUAUAAACCUAACUUUGGCCAUAAAUACUACAGGCUUUAUUUUCUA